UACGCUCUUCAUUGCUGAUGAAACGUAACAUCGCGAGGGAAGUUUUCGUCCGCGAUCCAUUCGCGCAUCGAUCGAUCUCUCUACUAGUCAAAUGCGAGUGUGCUGCGAGGUCGCCAUCUCUCCGGGAAGGGAAUUCUACAAAGCGCGGCCAGGUAUUGCAGGUCGAUCAAGAGCUUUGGAUUCCAGCUCUUGAGCUCUCAGAUUCCGGGGGCUAGAUCGGUGGAUCGAGCAUGGUAAACAACUAUGCGAGCUACACAGCGAUUGCGAUCCUGGGGAUUAUAGGGAUUGGAUACCUCAUCCUCAAUGGCAAUAUCCGGCUGCCCAUCAAGCUCCCGGAGAUGGGGUUUGUGCGAAGGGAUGGCACGCAGUUCUUUGUGGAUGGCCGGCCUUUCUACAUCAAUGGCUGGAAUUCCUACUGGAUGAUGAGCGAGGCGGUGGAGUGGCUCAGCCGGUCCAAUGUGAGAUCCAUCCUCGACGAUGGAGCCGGCAUGGGGCUCAACCUUGUGAGAACUUGGGCUUUCAACGAUGCUGGCUACCAUGCAUUGCAAAGAUCUCCUGGCCACUACGACGAGGACGUUUUCAAGGCUCUGGAUUAUGUAAUCGUUGAAGCCCGUCGUCGCAACAUCAGGUUGUUGCUAAGCCUGACAAAUAAUCUGGAAGCAUUCGGUGGCAAAGGACAGUACGUUUACUGGGCUCGUCAAGCCAGUGCCGACGUCGGCUAUAGCAACGACACUUUCUUCUCCGAUCCAACCAUCAAAGACUACUACAAAUCUCACGUCAAGAAAAUACUAACAAGAGUGAACAGCAUUACCGGGGUGGCCUACAAAGACGAGCCAGCCAUCUUCGCAUGGGAGCUCAUGAACGAACCACGCUGCAUCAUUGAUCCCUCGGGAAACACACUACAGACUUGGAUCGAAGAAAUGUCCGUGUACGUCAAGUCCCUGGACAGCAAGCACCUGCUAACUGUUGGACUGGAAGGAUUCUACAAUAGUUGGAGUCCCGACAGCUUAGUAGCCAAUCCAGGACACUGGGCGGAUUUCCUUGGCUCGGAUUUCAUACGCAACCACCUUCUCUCGACUAUAGAUUUCGCUUCGAUUCAUGCAUAUCCGGAUAUAUGGAUGCCCGAGGUGAGCUUCGAGGAACAGCUCAAAGGCUUCUCUAAAUGGGUUGAUACGCACGUCCAAGACGGUGCUUUGAGAUUGCAAAAGCCGGUGCUGGUCACAGAAUUUGGGCUCAAAACGAAAUCUAGCACGAGACACCGGCUUGAGCUCUUAAAGGCAAUGUAUGACGCGGCCUUCGACUCGGCACGAAACGGAGAAGCGUGUGCCGGGGCAAUGCUCUGGCAACUCCUGGAAGAGGGCCUUGACGAGUAUGGGGAUGACUACGCGAUUGUGCCGCGAGACGAGCCUCAAGUCACGGAACUCGUUGGAGCUCAUUCCUGCCGGCUUGAAAAGCUUUUUCACUCGAACUUCACAGCAGCAGUGACUCACAGGAAGAACAAACAGGUUUCUACGUGCAAGCCAUUACUGGUUUGAAGUUCGGGGAGGGCGUAGCUGUACAGAGAUUCGGUCUGCUUCAAGUUUUGUUGGUAUUGGCGACGGGUAUACAGUUUUUUGCUUAUUUGAUAUUGGCGAGAAGAUCAUUCUCAGCUGUGUUACUAAUAAUGUUUCAUGCACAGGCUUACGCAUGUGUCGAAACACAAGAAACUAUGAUUUACUUGUAGCGAAUGUUUAUCCUGUGAAUCGAAGAACACCACCGGGAGGUGGCCUUUGAGCUA